AACGGACAGUACCAAGCACAGUGAGAAGCAUCCCAGCUCAGCCUUCAGGAGGAGAAGCCAUUCUUUCUGUCAUCUCCCAAGCCGUGACAACAGGGGCUAUGAUCCCAUGAACCUUCUAGUUAGAAAGGUGUGGAGUGGCUCAGAGCUGAGCCUGCUAGCAUCCUUGCAAGAAGAGAUGCGAAGGGGAUCGGGAUGGAGCAAAGUGGGCUCCAGGCCCAGAGGAGAACCUCAAGAGCGGAACCUGGAGUUGGAACUUAACAUGAUGCAGUUUGAACUGUUCUCCCUUAAGCAGAAGAUGGAAAGCUCCUUCACUCAUCUCGAAAGGGAGAAGAAAUGGCUGGAAACGAACCACGCUGAAACCAGGAAGCCGGGAGGAGACCUCAAGGAUAAGACCUUCCAUCUAGAAAUGGAGCUAGAAAAAAACAAAACUUAUUUCAGCAAGAGGAAGCCUGCGUCACCAUCAACAGCCCCAGAUUCUGGCCCAGAUCCAGACACGGGUAAGAAGAAUGUGGGUCAAGAGCUGAGCGCUCUCCAAGAAAGCCUGGCUACUCACAAGAAACGGAUCAAGGCCCUAGAAGCCAAACAAAAGGAAAUGGCGCAGCAGCUGAGCACUGCGAAAGAGGGACAGCGAACAGCAUUCAGCCAGAUCUCCAAAGCAGAACACAGCACUACAAAUCCACCUCAGAGCAACGAAACGUUGAGGGAAGGAGAAAGGAUCCGGCUGCGAGCUGCUCACAGCAGCAUCUGCCUGGAGAAGGUGGAGCUCCAUCGACAGGUCCAGCAUCUCACUUCAGAGCUGGAAUGUGCCCGGAAACAGCAAGAAGGAAUCGGUGAGCAAGUCUCAGCCCUCCAUUCUGAGCUUCUCAACACCAAGACUCAGGCAAACCAUCAGGAAAAGGAGAAGGUCCUCAUGAAGGAGGAGCUGGAAUUGACCACACAGGUAAAGGAGGAGCUUUCUUCUGAAGUGACAGAGAGCCGUCAAAGACUGGAAGAAUUGCUCGAAAAGGUUCACCACUUAGAAGCGGAGAAGGAAAUCCUAGAAAGCCACAUCCAGGCUCUAGAGAAUGACCAGACCCAGUUACUGCAGGAGAAAGAAAAGAGUGCCCCACAAAAUCAGACAGGGGAUGUUCCUCUUCAAGACGGCUGUGGGCAUCACAGACCCUCCAGGGAAUCUCAGGCCUUGCUGGAAAAGGAGAAAAGCCUCCUGCAGGCUCGUUGCCUUGAAUUGGAGGAGGCUUUGCACCGCAAGCAGGAGGAAAUGGAGAACCAGUUGGCCGAGCAACAGCAGAUCUCCAAAUCCUGGAGGGACAGGUGGGAACAAGCGACUGCAGCCUUGAAGAGCAAAGAAGAACAGUCGGCAGAAACACACAGGCAAAGCCAGACCUUCUCCCCCAAGGUGGAAGCCCCUUCGCUUCUCCAGAUCCAGCUGGAUGCUUGUAAACAGGAAUUGGAACUGGAAAGAAACCGUACGUGGGCUUUACAUGACCAAGUCCAACUGCUGCAAUCCAGGAGCCCAAGCAAGCCGGUUCCUCCAAACGAGGAUUCCCAGGAGGAGGCAAAUCCGGAGCUGGCACAUAUCCGAGAAGAGCUGCAGAAAGCCCAGGACGUGCUGAAGACGCGCAACGUGGAAAUAGAAGAACAGCGGAAGGAGCUGGAAUCCACCAGACGCCAAUGUGCGGAAUGCAUCUCCGAGAAGGAGCAGCUGGUCGCUUCUCUGGAAAAGCAGCUAGAGGAAAAGGAACAGGCUUUGAGGGACCUGAGACAAGCCAAAGAUGUGGACAGAACUCAGAAGGAGAAUAAAAUGUCUGCGUUAGAGCUAAAGGGUCGACAUGGAGACUGGGAUGCAAAAAGCCCCCAAAGCCCCCAGCGAGAUCAGGAGAGCCUGAAACUGCAGCACCAACUGGUGACUGAGCAGCUGAAAGGGCUUUUCAGACAGAGGGAGCAGAACCUGCAGCUGACGGGAUCCAAGAAGCAUCCGCGUGGACCCCAGGAACAGAGUUCUGUGGCUCCUCAGACAUCACCAGGAAUGCCGACUACAACUGAACCAAUCAGUUUUCCUGAUGGUCAGCCAGCAUCCCUGAACGUUCACUACAGCAAAGGAGAAGUACAGAGUCUCCAGGAGCAGUUGAAGGAGAAAACACAAACAAUCUCCACCAUGGCUUCCGAGAUCCAGGAGUUGAAGCAGAAGAACGAGAGCUUAAUGAAAGCUAAGCUCCGCUUCCAGCAGCAGAUCCAGGACAUCCGCCGACUUUCGAAGCAACAGCCAGAAAGAAGCAGCGCUGAGCUGGUGGUUGCCAGACUCCACGGCUCGGGAGCGGGUUUGCAAAGCACCCAGGGGACGGACCGCCUGUUGCCAUCACCCCAGAGUGAGGAGCCUGUGUUGUCCUCUUUGCCUGGUCAAGAGAACCUGCAACCCACGAGGCAGGAGCCUGAGCUUUCCACCGAUGCUGGGAAGGAGCAAAGAGGCCCCUCACCUGACACCUUCUCGGCCUCUGUCCCCACCUUGCCUUUGCACUCCGAUCCAACCCUCUCCGGUCCAGCUGUGCCUUCCAUUAAGCUCUCCUUAGGCACCCUAACGUCUCUCCAGGAUCCUGAGAGCGAAGGGGCCUUGCUCAGUCCCCGAGGCUCAAUUCUUUUAUCCCCCAAGCCGUUUGGGUCCCUGAGACCAUGGUCUCCCUUUAAAGCCAGAGGAAGCCCUGAGCCUCCAGAGGACUGAACCAAAGAGAGGGUGGCCACUGGCUUGCCUUUCUUGAUCCAGAGUCAGAUCUCCGAGCUGGGGAAGGCUCCUUUUCUGGACGAGAGGUGCCCAAAGCCGCCCACUGUUACAGCCUCUGGCCCAGCUGCCUGGGGAACUGGGGAAGUUCUGGUCCAAAAAUGGAAUUUUCCCAUGUGUGGGGUAGAUCUCCAGAAGGUCCAGAGGCAGGGUGGCAAAUGUCAAAUCCAAAAGGGAUAUACAAAUAGUGUCUUCUCAUGCUCCCACCCUACUGAAGCAGUUUGACGUUAUUUUUAAGAAAGCAUCAUGUUGUUGUCAUUUAAAGGCUGUGUGCCCCACAUUGGUUUGUUUUUGGCGUGGGGCUUUUGGUAUAUUUUCUUUGGGUGGUCUCCGGCUCCCACAGGGACCUCCAGAUUUCUCUCUGGCUCCUGUGCUUGGCAAAGACACCGUUCAGGCUACACUGCGGUUCCAGCAAGGCAGAAGAUUGGGGUGGGGAAAGCUCAGGGUCCCAGGAGGGAGAAGAAAGAGGCACCUCUGAAUUCAGCAGGCCUGUCUUACUUCCCCCAGUUUCCAAAUGGGGUGAGGUUCCUCGCCAUCUGAAACACUUGUACAAAAUCUGGACACCUUCCACAAUUUCAUAGAGAUUGCAGUUCCCAUCACCUCACCCAGCGUGACCUAUGCAGAUGAUGUGCACUGUAGUCCAAAUACAUCCAGUUGGGCAACCCUGUUCUAAAGACACCCCUCUCCCAGUAAGACCAUUGUGUCUAGGGUCUAAAACUGUUGAAUGGCUUUCCAGGGCUUUAGGUGGCCCUCUGCCAUGACUGGCUGCCUUCCAUGGGUGCAUCAGGGCCUUUCCCAGAUAGACGGAGGAUGUCCAGAUACUUUGGUCUGCAAAAGCUGGUCAUCCUACCAGGAAAGGUAAAUGGCUUGGCGAGAGCUAAUAGAGAGCAAAGAUCUGAAAGCAGGACCGGAAGACAGAUGCUCAUUCAAGGGUGGACUAUCUUGGGGGACUUUGUGUCGGUCACCCGUUCUCCAAUUGAACUAUCUCACAGGAUUGUUGGGAGAAGAAGAUAUGGCACAGGGAGAGCCAUGUUCGGUUACCCUGAGCUCCUUAGAAGAGGAAUGGAAUUAA